CUGGAAAUAAACAUCGACCCACAGAAAGGUUGGGAAACAGAAAAUUUGUUUGUUCCUCCUGGUUUUCACAUUGACAGUAAAAUUGAAGGAGAAGGUGAAAAACCAAAAGGAGAGACUGGAGAACAGCCUUUCAUCUAUCCUAUGGGAGUAGGUGGACUAAUAAUGAAUGGAUGUUUUGCCACAAACUAUCAGAAAGGAGAUCCUUGUUAUGAAGCCAAGUGGAAGACCACAAUUUGCCUGGUAAACGAAAUUUUUUAGUAUUUAAUUUAUAGUUUUUGACUUUUACACAACAUCACUUUGGAUAUUCCAAGUCGACCGGGGUGAAAGAAUUUGAAGAACUUAAUCUAUUAUGUAUCUAUUUUUAAAGUUUACAACGAAACUAUUUGACUCUUAAAUUAAGUGCUCAUGCCCUAAAAAGUUUUAUUUCUUUAAUUGAAAAUACACUUUGUUACCAGAGGUUCUACAAAAAAUGUUAAAUUUGUACAUAACAUUAUUUUUUUAGAAUGUCCUUUAACUGUUUAAAUUUACCGGCAUUUUGGCAUAUUUAUAGUCGUCUUAGUCUUUUCGCGGAAAACCCUUAGAAACAAGGGCAAUUAAGACGUAGAUGAAGGAAGUUAUUCCGUAAAUUGAGGAACACCUGACUUUGGUUGCAAGUAAACAGGUGUGGGGUUCUAGAAAUAUUGCUUCUAUUUCACAAAUUUUAACAGCUGUAAAAAAGUAAAACAAGCCAGUAAGAUACGCUGUAGUUAGAUUCUGAACAACACUGGCGACCAUAAGAAAGGGAUUAAAACACACAUAAAAUCCCGUUACUUUUAGUUCCUGAAUGUCUCAAAAAGUCCCAUAUAAGACUGUCAAUUUCAUGAUCAGCAUAACGGGUGUGCCAAAAAAAAUUAAGAAAAAUUUCUAAAAAACAUUUCGUUUCAUUCAAGACCCAUAAUUUUUUUGAAAAAGUUCUUGUAGUAAUGUGUUCUUUCAGAAUGAAAAUCAGGUUAUACGCAUUAUAAGCAUGAGUACGCUAGUUUUGAAAUUUGUUCAUAAGAUGCAAUAAUAAAUUACCUAUAACAUCUUUUUUUAAUAUUGAUCCCCUUGAUCGUGAUCCCCUUGUUAAUCAGUUUCCCACUCGACCGCUGAUAAGAGGACACUGUAAAUCCACGUAAAAAAAUUCCAAGGGCAAACAAUUUUAAAAAUAACGCAAAAAAACCUCUUCUGUAAUCACCAUGAGAACGAUUCUCAAUACUACAAAACUGCCAUAACUAUCAAACGAUGGCUGAGAUUUCAACGUGAAAAAGUUGGGCCAACUUUUUCAAGUUGGUUUUCACCAGAAGCUCGCGCAUGCGCCUGGGCUGAAUGGCCCGUUUAAUUCUUUACUGUUUUGUUAGAAUCAAAUUGAUGGUGCCAAUUUUAUUGGUGUUGGGUUUGAUGCUCGCGGCGACAGCAGUCCAGAAUCAAGAAAGAUGAGCGUCAUA